AUGAUAUACGUAAUCGUUUUGUUAAUAGCUGGUAUUUUAAGUCUUUAUUAUCUUCUCUUCAAGGAUUUAAAUUAUUUCAAAAAACAUGGAAUACCACAUGUGAAGCCUCUUCCUAUAGUGGGAAGUAUGGCACCAACUUACUUUCGUCGUCAAUCAAUUUCUGACUUUAUCAAAUCAAUAUACGAUUUAUAUCCUGACGCCAAGUAUAUCGGCUUGUAUGAUAUAAAAAAUCCAAUUAUAAUGCUUCGCGAUCCUGAGCUUAUUAAAUCCGUGACACUGAAAUAUUUUGACAUGUUCAUGGACCAUAUUAAUUUAGUAAAUGAAAAUCAAGAUCCAUUUUUUGGAAAAAAUCUCUCCGCACUUUGCGGAGACAGAUGGCGUGAGAUACGAUCUAUAUUAAGUCCGGCUUUCACGUCCAGUAAAAUGAAAAGUAUGUAUAAACUGAUGUUAGAUUGCGGUGUUGACUUUGGCAGUUAUUUGGCGCAAUUACCACCAGAAGAAAGGAUAAUGGAAAUAAAAGAUGUUUUCACAAGAUAUACAAACGAUGUAAUAGCUACUUGUGCUUUUGGCGUGAGUGUAGAUUCUAUGAGAAAUCGGAAAAACGAUUUCUAUGUAUAUGGCACGGAGGCAACCAAUUUCACAGGAAGUUUCAUUUUUUUAAAGUUCUACAUACUUAGAGCUUUACCCUGGCUUGCACGAAUACUUAAACUAACAUUCAUUUCUGAAAAGGUAGCGAAUUUUUUUCGAGAUCUUGUAAAAACCACUAUAAAAACUAGAGAUGAAAAUGGUAUCGUUCGUCCAGACAUGUUACAAUUGAUGAUGGAGAGCAGAAGUAAAGAUGGCAAAACAGAUCAAUUAACUAUCGAUGAUAUGGUAGCACAAGCGUUUAUUUUCUUCUUUGGAGGUUUCGAAAGUACUUCAACGUUGAUGUGUUUUGCUGCUCACGAAAUUGCGAUAAAUCAGGACAUACAGAAAAGACUUCAAAAUGAAAUUGACCAAGUCUUGGAAGAUACGAAUGGGCAACCAACUUAUGAAGCAGUUAAUAGCAUGGAAUAUCUGGAUGCUAUAAUUAAUGAGGCUUUGAGGAUGUACCCGGUUGCUGUGAUGUUGGAUAGAUUAUGCUUGAGAGACUUCGAACUACCACCGCCAUUACCAGGAAUAAAACCUUUUACUAUAAAGAAAGGACACGCCAUAUGGAUACCGGUUUAUGGACUUCAUCAUGAUCCUAAAUAUUUCAAAGAACCGGAGAAGUUUGAUCCUGAGCGGUUUCUUGGUGAACGGAAAAAGGACAAUCUCAACUGCGGAGCCUUCCUUCCUUUUGGCCUUGGUCCCAGAAUGUGCAUAGGUAACAGAUUCGCAUUGCUAGAGACGAAGGUUCUAUUCUUUCAAUUGCUAGCACGUUGUGAUUUAAAACCUUGCGAGAAGACGUCGAUACCAAUUAAGAUUAGUAAAGAUAGCUUUCUUAUGAAAGCUGAAGGUGGUUUCUGGUUGAGCGUAAUGCCGAGGAAAGACAUACAUCAUUCUAUUACAUAAUAAUAUCAAUGGGACAUGCUAAAUGUAAA